GGGUUCAAGGAUUUUUAAACAUUGAGGUCAAUAUUGCUGACACGGCAUACGCAGGAGCAGAGAAAGUCGUUCCGAUAUUUAAACUUUAGUUUUUAUUUAGAUAAAACAAAGACGAUCCCACAAGUGUUAUGAGCUGCUGUGGAACCGGGGCCAUGGCCCCUAACACCAUAGAGACCAUCUCAACUGCCCCAUUCGAUGGUCAAAAACCGGGAACAAGUGGCUUGAGAAAGUCAGUCGGCAUCUUCCAGCAACCGCACUACACCGAGAAUUUCAUCCAAGCAGGUCUCACGGCAGGUUUGGGAGAUAAGCUGAAGGGGGCUAGUUUAGCUGUUGGAGGAGAUGGCAGAUUCUUUUGUAAAGAAGCUGCUCAGCUGAUUAUAAAGAUUGCCGCUGCUAAUGGGGUUUCCAAGGUAGUGAUUGGCCAGAAUGGUAUACUCUCCACACCAGCCUGUUCACAUAUUAUUCGCAAGAGACAGCUGUGUGGUGGCUUCAUUCUCACAGCAAGUCACAACCCUGGGGGACCUAAAGGUGAUUUUGGUAUCAAAUACAACAUUGAAAAUGGAGGCCCAGCCCCAGAAGCCAUCACUAACAAAAUAUAUGAAAUAACAAAAACAAUUACUGAAUAUAAAAUUGUACCAAAUCUAAAAGCUGACAUAGAAAAGCCUGGAAUUACACCCUUUAAGAUUUGUGGCAAUGAAUUUAUAUUGGAAGUUGUUGAUAGCACUACAGAUUAUGUGGAUUUCAUGAAAGAAAUUUUUGAUUUUGGUCUCAUAAAGUCAUAUUGGCAGCCUAAACAGGUUCUCUUCAAUGCAAUGAAUGGAGUUACUGGGCCAUAUCUUAAAAAAAUAUUUAUCUCUGAAAUGGGUUUUCCAAGUGAUUGUUGUCUUAACUGUGAACCUCUUCCUGACUUUGGUGGCAAGCACCCUGAUCCGAACCUAACUUACGCUAGUGAUCUUGUGGACAUAAUGAAGGAAGGAAAGCAUGAUUUCGCUGCUGCUUUUGAUGGAGAUGGGGAUCGUAAUAUGAUAUUGGGACAUAAAGCCUUUUUUGUAACUCCCUGUGACUCGCUUGCAGUGUUAGCUGCAAACCUUGAUUGCAUCCCAUAUUUCCAACGUAAUGGAGUUAAAGGAUUUGCUCGCAGUAUGCCAACAUCAGAGGCUGUAGAUAAAGUUGCUCAGCUUGCUGGAAAGGAAAUAUAUCAAGUUCCUACUGGUUGGAAAUUUUUUGGUAAUCUGAUGGAUGCUGGGAAAAUCAAUUUGUGUGGUGAAGAAAGCUUUGGGACAGGAUCAGAUCAUAUUCGUGAAAAAGAUGGCUUAUGGGCAGCCUUAGCUUGGCUCUCAGUUGUGGCAAAAAGAGGGAAAAGUGUUCAGGAGAUCCUGUUUGACCAUUGGACAACAUAUGGCAGAAAUUUCUUCACAAGGUAUGACUAUGAAAAUGUGUCUUCUGAAGCUGGUGAUAAGAUGAUGGAGCUUCUAACCAAGUUAAUUGAUGACCCGAAAACAAAAAGUAUGACAUUUUCUGACCCAACUGGCAAAUCCUACAAAAUGUCAAACCUGGACAACUUUGAAUACACAGAUCCAGUGGAUGGCAGCAUCAGCACAAAUCAGGGUAUUCGGUUCUUGUUUGAAGAUGGCUCAAGAAUCAUUUAUCGUCUAAGUGGUACUGGAAGUUCAGGAGCCACUAUUCGGAUUUACGUUGAGGGUUAUGAAAAGUUUCCAAAUCCGCAGUUUUAUCAUCAAGAUGCACAGGAGGUCCUGAAGCCACUAGUAACAAUUGCUUUGCGUACCUCUAAGCUCAAGGAACUUACUGGGAGGGAGGAGCCUACAGUCAUAACAUGAACUAUUUGUUUUCUUGUUUAAAUUCCAAAAAUUUACCCCUUAUUUAUUCUAAAAUAAUUCCCUUCAAUAUUUCUGUCAAUUUUAAUGGCCUGUAGUUCUUCACCAUUGGUUAUUUGAUUCUUAUCUAGCUGGCUGUUAAACAUGUACUCGGAAAUUAACAUGUAGCAAUAUUUUGUUUGCCUCAGUUAAUAUAUAAACUGGUUUAAAUAGACAGAAGUUUGUCUUAUUUUGUUGGUUACAAUUGACUUCCUAAAAACAUUUGGUCCUUAAAAUUUGUAUUCAUUCUCUGGGUUUUAUUACCUCCCUUUUUAUUUUAAAAUUUUUGGUUGUUUUUGUUUUAUCUUUUGAAAUUGGCUGUAAAAUUAUUUCCUAAAAUGUAAAUACGCUCAGAUGAAUAGUGUCUGGUGUAAAUCUCACAAGUGAUUCUGUUUGGAAAAGUUUACUUGUUGAGUAGUUGUUUUCACUGAGAUCUGUUAUUAUGUGCAAGGAUGUAUGUUGGUAUAUCUACUUGUGGAAGAAUGAAAUAUUGGGUACCACGUGGUUUUAUAUGUGCAUGACCUGUAUCAGGCUAUUCUCUUACCUCUUCUGUUUGAGCAUAAUAUUACAUGGGUGAUUUUUGUUUGACUUGCAUUAAGAUGGAGCUAAAAUACACAUUUUUAUUUCCACCAUUGAUGAAAUA